UGAACAAACACAUGUUUAUUUGGCUUCAGUCAAAAUUUGAACCCAAGAUCUCAGACUCCACAAAACCAGAUUUGGAUUUGUGAACUUCCUGUACUAUAUGCGGGGCUCCCAACAUUUGAAGAGAUUAAAAUCUUGUUGCAAAUGUGGCUAUUUUUAUCUGUAGUGUUUUGGCUCACUUUCCCUUACUUUCCCUUUUUCUGUCCCACCUUGGCCCCGCCCCCAACUCUGCCCAAAAUCCUCCAGUCUAACCCACAGUUUUCUCCUUCCUCCUUUCUCAGCAGGAGUUCCUCCCAUAUCGACCACACCCUGCAGCGUAAGCAAUUGUGGCGCAUUCAAGUCACCAGAAUUGUACCGGGUUUGACCAAUAGAAAUGCCUUUGACUUAGCAGCCUUUUUGUCCCUAAGCCCUGUCCUGAUUGGCUCCUCCCCCCCCAUUGUCUCGCCUUUCCCUGUCACCCCAGUCCAGGGAGCUUCAGUCUCGAGGAGAGCCUUGAUGGCGCAUGACGCCAUUUCAUGUUCUCUGUAACUUGCUAUUCCUGAGGUAAAAAAUGGCCUCCCACCAACUUCCGGAUAGCAAGGCGGCUCUUGCCGAAGGUGGGGGAGACUAUUCUUCCCUCAUCAGCGCUUUUAGCGCCCUCGGUGACCUCGAGGCUCUGAGUGAACCUCUUGGGCCUAGUAGCCAAAAUAUUCGUGGUACCACCCCACUGAUUGAAACACUGGAGGCAGUCAAGCAGUGCGACCCCCUCGGGGUGAGUAAGGUGAUUGAGACUGAAAUGAGUGAAUCAAGUGAGGUGGCUGAAUUCAUCUGGCCGACAGAGGGGGUAGACGAACAGAUGGUGUUGAGCGAAGUGGUGGCUGAACCAAUAGCAUCGAGCAAGGUGGUGGCUGAACCAAUGGAAUCGAGUGAGGCGCCGGCGGAAACAAGAGAGGCGGUGACGGAAAUGAGGCAGGCAGUGACUGAAUCGAGCGAGGCGGUGGCAGAACAGAUGGAGCUGAGUGAGGAGGUGGCGGAACUGAUGGAACCAAGUGAGGAGGUGGUAGAACCGAGCGAGGCAAUGGCGGAGUUGAGCGAGGCAGUGGUGGAAUCGAGCGAGGCGGUGGCGGAACCGAGCGAGGGGGUGGCAGAGUUGAGCGAAGUGGUGGCGGAACCGAGCGAGGCGGCGGCGGAGUCGAGCGAGGCCGUGGCGGAGUCGAGCGAGGCGGAGGCCGUGGUGGAGUCGAGCGAGACGAUGGCGGGGGUGGAGUCGAUGGAGGCGGUGGCGGAGUCGAUUGAGGCGCUGGCGGAGUCUAUCGAGGCGGUGGCGGAGUCUAUCGAGGCGGUGGCGGAGUCGAUCGAGGCGGUGGUGGUGUCGAUCGAGGCGGGGGCAGUGGCGGACUCGAGCGAACUGGUGGCGGAACUGAUGGAACGGAGCGAGGAGGUGAUGGAAUCAAACGAGGCGGUGGCGGUGGCGGUGGCGGUGGCGGUGGCGGUGGCGGAGUCGAGCGAAGCGGUGGCGGUGGCGGUGGCGGAAUCGAGCGAGGCGGUGGUGGUGGCAGUGGCAGAGUCGAGCCAGGAGGUGGCAGAGUCGAGCGAGGCGGUGGCAGAGUCGAGUGAGGCGGUGGAGGAGUCGAGCGAGGCGGUGGCGGUGGCGGAGUCGAGUGAGGCGGUGGCAGAACCGAUGGAAUCCAGCGAGGCGGUGGCGGAGUCGAGCGAGGCCGUGGCGGAGUCCAGUGAGGCGGAAUCGAGCGAGGCGGUGGUGGAAUCGAGCGAGGUGGCGGAACCGAUGGAAUCGAGCGAGGCGGUGGCGGAAUCGAGUGAGGCCGUUGCGGAAUCGAGCGAGGCGGUAGCAGAACCGAUGGAAUCGAACGAGGCGGUGGCGGAAUCGAGCGAGGCGGUAGCAGAACCGAUGGAAUCGAACGAGGCGGUGGCGGAAUCGAGCGAGGUGGUGAUGGAACCGAGCGAGAUGGGGGCUGAACCAACGAAACUGAGUGAGUUUAUUGAACCAGUGGGACAGAAAGAGCCAGUGAUAGAACUUAAUGAGUCAGUGACAGAAUUUAAUGAGCCAGUGACAGAACUUAAUGAGCCAGUGACAGAACUUAAUGAGCCAGUGACUAAAUCUUAUAUACCUGUGAUGAGAGAAACUGAGCCUGUUAUGGAAGCUAAGGAAGCUCCAAUAGGAUCGGAUAAGACUGUGAUGGGAUCCAGUGUUACUAAGAUGGGGCUUAAGGAGCCAAUGGCAGGACCCGAUGUGAUUUGCCCAGAGAAUCAAAGUGAGCCUAGUGGAGAGAGCGAGCCCAAAAGAGAGAACAAACCAAGUGAGCAGAGCAGAAAAAACGAAGAGAAUAUGCCAAAAGAGCCUGGAGAGGCGAGUGAGUUGAGCGGGGCAGGAGAUAUGAGAGAGACAAGCUCCCCCCUGGAGGCAAGUGGUGACGUAUCAGAAGCAAGCGGGCAGGCAAGCCGCAGAUUGGAAGCAGGUGCAAGCGGGCCCCUGGAGGCCAGCGGGCCCCUGGAGGCCAGCGGGUCCCAGGGAGCAAGUGGGCAGAGCGGAUCCUCUGGGGGGCAAAUGGCGUCCCUCUAUGUAGGUGACCUCCAUCACGACGUGACCGAAGCAAUGUUAUACGAGAAGUUCAGUCCAGCGGGGCCCAUCUUAUCUAUUCGAGUGUGUAGGGAUAUGAUCACCCGGAGUUCCCUAGGAUAUGCCUACGUUAACUUCCAACAAUCGUCAGAUGCCCAGCGGGUGUUGGAAACCAUGAACCUGGAUGUGAUCAAGGGCAAGCCGGUUCGUAUUAUGUGGUCCCAACGUGACCCUUCACUGCGCAAGAGUGGUGUGGGAAACAUUUUUGUUAAAAAUCUAGAAAAGUCCAUUGACAACAGGGCCCUAUUUGAUGCUUUCUCUGGCUUCGGCAAUAUUAUGUCCUGCAAAGUGGUCAGUGAUGAGAACGGUUCCAAAGGCUACGGCUUUGUUCACUUUGAAACUCAAGAGUCUGCCGAAAAAGCUAUAGAAAAGAUGAACGGGAUAGUUUUGAAAAGCCUCAAAGUAUUUGUCGGUCACUUUAAAUCCCGCAAAGAGCGAGAAUUGGAACUUGGAGCUAGAGCUAGAGAGUUCACCAACGUUUACAUCAAGAAUUUCGGAGAAGACAUGGACAAUGCUAGACUCGGUGAGAUAUUUGGAAGAUUCGGACGGGCUCUGAGUGUAAAAGUAAUGACUGACGAAAGGGGGAGGUCUAAAGGUUUUGGAUUUGUUAGUUAUGCAACACACGAAGAUGCUCAGAGAGCCGUGGAUGAAAUGAAUGGAAAAGAACUCAAUGGAAGACGGAUUUAUGUUGGAAGAGCUCAGAAAAAGGGAGAGAGGCAGACAGAACUGAAACGCCAUUUUGAACAGAUUAAACAAGACAGAGUUACCAGGUACCAGGGGGUCAAUCUUUAUGUGAAAAAUCUUGAUGACACCAUUGAUGACGAGCGGUUGAGAACAGAAUUCUCCCCAUUUGGUACAAUUACAAGUGCAAAGGUCAUGAUGGAAGGAGGACACAGCAGAGGCUUUGGAUUUGUUUGUUUUUCAGCACCAGAUGAAGCUGCCAAGGCAGUCACAGAAAUGAAUGGCAAAUUAGUAACCAGUAAGCCUCUGUACGUAGCGUUAGCCCAGCGCAAAGAAGAACGCCAAGCGCACUUGACAAACCAGUAUAUGCGGAGAAUGGCUAACAUUCAGACCUUUGCCAAUCCGGUGCUCAAUCCCUACCACCAGCCAACAUCAUCUUCCAGAUAUAUCAUGACCACUGUCCCAUCGUCUCAGACCCGCACUUCAUACUAUCCUUAUGGCCAAGUUCCCCAACUCAGAACAUCUUCUCACUGGGGCCCUCCAGGUGGAAGACUUCCCCCAUUUCCAACUGUCUCCGGUGUCGUCCGUCCCAAGACUCCUAGACCACCAUUCAACCCUAUGAGAUCUGCUUCGGGCCCGGUUCCGAGAAUGAUGACCACCCAGCGCGUUGUCAAUCCGCCAAACCAGGUGUUUGGGCCUCCACGUCCACCAUUCAUUCCCAAUCUGCGAGCAGUUCAGCAAUACAAAUACGCCGCCGGUGUCCGCAAUCCAAAACGUUUCGAGCUACCGAUGCAAAUCAACAUUCCACAGCCUGCCGUCCAUGCUGCGGCCCAAGAGGUGUUAACCGCUUCCAUGUUAGCAGAUGCCCUUCCCCAGGAGCAAAAGCAGAUGUUAGGAGAACGCCUGUUUCCACUCAUUCAAGUCAUGCAUCCUGCUCUGGCCGGUAAGAUCACAGGCAUGCUGCUAGAGAUCGACAACUCCGAACUUCUUCACAUGCUUGAGUCUCCCGAAUCUCUGCGCUCCAAAGUGGACGAAGCUGUGGCUGUCCUGCAGGCCCACCAGGUGAAAGAAGCUGCCCGGAGGGAAAAUCCUUCUAAGAUUCCACCAAAUUAAACAAAGUUAGUAUUCACAAAGCUCAAUACCUGGUUCACUCAAGAAGUUCCAAGCACAGAAAAACCUAAGUGUGUUAGCAAAAAAAAAAAAAAAAAACCCCAAAAAACCAAAAAAAAAGCAACCAAGUUUUUUCCACCAAGUUUAAAAAAGCAACAGAAACAAGAAGAAAACAGCACAAACCCAAAAAGCCUGUAGAAACAGAACUAGAGCAAACAAGCUAGAAAACCAGCAAGCUAAUAAAAUCCAGUUCUUCAGUUCUAAA